GCAAUCUCUUGCUUGAAGAUGGCAAUUAAGACAUUUAACCUAGAUGUAUUACUUGCUGUGGAUUUAUUCAAUGAACCGCCUAUUCAUCUCAACACGUCAUCAUUGCUCUCCAAUAGCAGUGAAAUAUGGGAUGUUGUUUUCUCUCCAGAUAGAGUAAUGUCGCAAUCACAACACAAGCAGCAGUAAUUACAGACCCAUCCGUGUGGUGACUCCCGUUCAAUAUGCACAGGACCAUUCAAAUCUCCCCGCCUAUGUGAAGUUAGAUCCGAGAGGCUGAGAGAGACGGCAACUAAACCUCGAGUGAAGAAAGGGAGGGGUGCGAGUGCACGGAAGCUGCCUACAAAUGACACACUGCAAUCAUAAACUGUCGCUUUCUUUCUCCUGUUUCGCACUAUUGCGUUGCUUAAGUAUGAACACGACACCGGAGGACUCGGAGAAAGCGCCUUGCGUCACAUAUUCAGCGAACAACACGUUUUUACGGCACUUCUGAGUCUGACCGACUUCUGCUCCUCAGUCUGCGAAAGCUUCAUCACAGCUGCCGGAGCCCCAGACCUCGAGUCCGUCAAAUCGGCAUGGACAACCAGGAUACUCACCUGAGCGUGCUCGAGAUAACGAUAUAAAACCAACGUCGAUUAUAUAAGGGUUUUGCGACACUGCAAAAGUCAGAAGAGAGCAAAGGUACUCGUCCAAACGGAGCAUAUAUCGUGGACAAUGUAGCCUUUGAGCUCGAUGAAGCCGACUCUCGGGAUUCAUUUCCACAUGUAGUUAUGCUGGGAAGCCACGUCUUAUUAAACGAACAAAUGCGACCGACCCACUGGAUUCAGACAACAUCGUCUACAUGCAUGCUGGUCAUUAGAUCGAAACCGCUUUUCGAAGUCUAAAGGACCGAAAAGACAUCCAAGCGCAUGUUUUGGGCAUGUUGCCCUCGCCCCAGGUGUGCGUGUCUACUCUGGUGACAGUAAGCACAAUGGCAGUGGUCGACCUCUACCUGCUAGAGCAAAGCAUGCUGGGACCUCGGGGCGGAGUCCGUCCCGCUGUAUGGCCAUGUGUCGCCGUUGCACUGGGUGAUCUGUGUUUCCUGCUGGCGCUGCGCUUCGUUUCGGCCGGUGUCGUCUCAGAGGCUCGUUCCCCCCGACGGGGCUUCGCCAAUGCUCUCUGGUUCCUCUUCUUGUCUCUCCUGCAGCUCAAGCUUUUCUUCGUGUGUCAAAAUUACAGACAGGAGAGGCGACCGCCAGAUCCCCUCGCUCGCAAGACUCUGACUCUACUGCUUUCCGUCUGCCUGCCGUCGCUGUUCCUUAUCCUGACGGGAGCCGAUUACAUGACCCCACUUCGGAGAAAACAGGAAGUCCGCAGCCGACUUAUGUGGGUGGUUGUGGACCUGCUUGAUGUGCUGGACCUGCAGGCCGGGCUUUGGGAGGUGCAGGGAACAACAGGCAUUCCUCUUUGGGUGGAGGGUAUAGUUUUCUUUUAUUGUUACGUGUUGCUGUUAUUGCUCCCGUGCGUGUCACUAACAGAGCUGGGUGCCGCUGCCCUGCCCGGACUACAGGCGGCUCGGAAGGAGGCGAUCUAUCCGUGGCUCAGUUUGGUCACCAUUAACUUGUUCACACUGGUGCCCAGAGGGGUUGGGAUGUUAUGGUACAGGGACCCACGGGUGUCAACAGUGUUCCUGGGGAAAAACCUGCUGGCUCUUGCAGUAAAGCUCAGCUCUGCCUGGGAGAGGCACAGAAAGGGCAGGGGAGGGGUCCAGGGAGCCGGUGCCGCUGAAAGCGGAAACCAGACUCGAGGGGCGGCCUCGGAAGCAGCGACGGAGCAGGAGCAAGGGUGCACGUCCCCAACGGUGUCGUCUACACGCUACCACUCACUUUCACGCACACACGCGCACAGCCUGGACCCCACCGAGACUUCGCUGGGACCGGCUUACAUUUCCCAUGAACUUUAGAAGUCUGGUGUCCUAAAACUGCCACAGACAGGAUUGUGUGGGUUUAUGGCUUUAUCCCUGGUUUUAAGCCAAAAUUAACAGAGAUAACAUAUUAGCACAGUUUGUCAUUUGUAUAAUUGAUAAUUUGUAAAGCCAAACAUGAGCAGCCUAGCGUGGUGCGAAGCUUCCAGACAAAAUGAUAAUAAGGCUGAAGUGGGAGUGGUUUUAAUUAAGUGCCUUCUUUAAAAAGCGACAAUUAAUAUUGUUACUCUCGUUCCUUCUGGUGUUCAUCGAGGAAUUGAAGUUAAACCAUGUACAGUGAAGCAUGACCACUGUUAAUAUUCGACACCGUAAUAAAAUGUUUAAUAGUCACCUGUUUCCUAACAUGUUCCCUGAUCUCCGCCAGACCACGUCAGUUGGUUUGACACGCGACACUGAGGCAGCUCUUAGGUAAACCUGUCUACACAUAGUGACAGCAUUUCACAAAUUCUGCGUGACAGUUUCAUAUAAAUGACGGUUGGUCUUUACAAACAAAUUAAUUCAUUCCUCCGUCAACUAAAUGGAAGUUUCAUGGUCGAGCAAACGAAAGUAUCUGCCAAUCACUUUCAAUGGUAAUACUAAUCAAAUAGAUAGCAAAGGACAUUCGUACACAGAACAAAUGGUGAUAGCCUAUUAACUCCUAACUCUGAACAUAGCACAGCCUCAACCAAAACUCCAGAAUCACUGAAGAAACACUUCUGAGAGCGAGUAUGAUGCCCUGAAAGAGACGCCAUCUGAAUAACAGUUACAGCAAGCGAAUCCCAAUGCGGAUUAUGGUGGGGGUUUAUUCUCUACAUCAGCAGCCACAAAAGCCCUUCACAAUACCCCCGCGCCUGCUCUGAUAAACAAUCACUACUCCUAUUAAUUGAAAUGGGACUCAUUUUUCAAAGAGCUAAGAGCUCACACCGCACUUCAUUUGUGAUUUACACAGAGUAUUUACAGAACGUAAAAGCGGACAAACUUGCAUGACAAACACUAACAAUAAGUCCAGGCUAUUAAUUAAUUGAAUAACCGAGAGCGGUUUCAUGGGACGCCGCUUUAGCUUCAGAGGCAAUGCAGAGUUAUGAACCAGACUAAAUUAAAUUUCUCGGCCUCUAUCUCUAUCUUUUGUCUUUCAUGUUACAUUCGCCUGUGGGCUAACACGAAUAAAAAUCAGUGAAAAGAAUAUAUGAACAAUGCGUUUUAUCACACACAGCCUGUAAAGGACACCUUUAUAUU